UUCCGACAUUCGUUCUCGGAAGUUGGUUUCUGCUUCACCAUCGCCAUGACACAGUUCCUCGCGGAAUACAUGAUCUCUGGAUUUGCAAUUGAGCUUCCAAAGAUCCUCGAAAUCUACGGUGCAAUCGACGUUGGUCCGGGUUCCAUGGGCACUUUCUGGCCCGCGUCGCUUCUCUCGCUAAUCUUGUCCGCCACAUUGCUUGUCUUCGCGCGCAUCUCCGACAUGUACGGAGGCUAUCUACCAUUCAUGUUUGGCGUUGUCUGGCUGGGCAUUUGGUCUAUCAUUGCCGGCUUUGCAUCGUCCUUCACCGACGGAUCUGGCAUCACAAUCCUCGACGUCGCUAGAGCUAUGCAAGGACUCGCGAUCGCGGCAUUCAUCCCAAGCACUUUCUCGAUGAUCGGAAGUAUCUAUACUGAAGGACCACGAAAGAACCUUGUGCUCGGUCUGUACGCAGGAUGUGCGCCGCUAGGCUUCUUCGCCGGAUUUCUGGUCGCCGGUGCGUUGCCAGACAGUGCUCCAGGCUGGUACUUCUGGAUCGCUGCGAUCCUGGCUUUCAUCACAGCAAUGACAGCAUACUUGACCGUGCCUCAUGAUCGAACGAAUCGCGAGAUGCUAGGCUUGAAGAUGGAUUGGCUGGGCAGCUUCCUGAUAACCGGCGGUCUCAUCUUGGUGGCAUAUGCGCUUGCCGUAGAGCCAUAUGCCAACCAAUUCGACCGCGAGAGAUCCGGAUGGACGUUCCCAAUGGUCCUAGGUCCGCUAAUUUCAGGCCUUGGGUGUCUCUGCGCCGCAUUUUGGGUCGAAGGCUGGUUGGCCACCUGUCCAUUAUUGCCGUUCGACUUCUUCCGGCCCAAGAGCGUCAAGGCCUUCUCUCUCGCCUGCCUCUGCUUCUAUGCUUCGUACGGUGUCUGGCUGUACGAAUCGGCAAGCUUCUUUAGCAGCGAUGCCGCGACCGGGAUCGAAGGCGGCAUCCGAGGCGUCACUCUUGCAGCAUGGUAUACGCCAACAGCGGUCGGAGGUCUGAUCCUUUGUAUCGUUGGUGGCUCGAUGAUUCAUAUCGUGCCAGUCAUGAUGCUCCUUCUCAUUUCAGGGCUGGCGUGGAUCGGAGCACCACUGCUCUUGGCACUCUGCCCGCUCCCAAUGAACUACUGGGCUUUCGUCAUGCCAUCCAUGCUCUGCGCGACAAUCGGCAUCGACUUGACGUUCACAGUAUCCACGAUCUUCCUUUCGGCCGUCUCACCACUUCGUCACCAAGGGCUCGCUGGCGCCGUCUCUUCGAUUCUGGUCAAUCUGGCCAUGUCAUUCUCGCUUUCCAUCUCCGAGAUCGUGGCGCUAAAAGCGGAGAGCACAAUUGCUCUCCCGCGCAAUGCUUCGGAUGCAGUGGCGAAAGGCACGGAUUCCAAAAGGGAGAUUUGGGGCUACCAAGCCGCCUUCAUCUAUGCUGCUGCCUCGGCCGGGCUGGGACUUAUCGUUUGCAUUUUAUUUGUAAGGAUAUCGAGGAAAGUGGUGAAGGGUGAGAAGGAUUCUUCCGCCAUGAUUGAUGUGGAGAGGCCGAGGGCUACGAGCAGUGAGGUUAGCACGCUGGUUGAGGUAGCUCGUGCGUAAGAUGAUGACUGAGCGACUGGGCUUGCUUUUCGGAUUGGCGUUGUCGCAAGAUGGGAAAUGCUUCACAGCACUGUCUGUACAUAUACAAAACGGGCGAGACGGCCGAGCGGGAGCAGAAAGGUUGUGGUAUAGGAGUUGGCAGUUGGCGAUCGGACGUGGCCGUCUGGUUGAUGUCCUGCAAAGCUUUGCCGUUUUCGUGCCG